GGAACAUGGAUUGUACUGUCCUGAUAAGUCGCAGCGCGCCGUGCUACUGGUAACUUGGAUUCAACUGAAGUAAAUCCAACAUGCACUCAUAACGACAAAGCGGCCGUUCGACAUUCACGACGAUUACUCAUUCUUAUUCAAGAUUCAAUUUAAUCGCUCGUUCAUGCAUUCGCUAGGAGGAUUGACGGCAUUGCGAUGGCUUAUAGUCGGCCUUGGGGCACAGUGCGUGAGUGCAGCAGUGAACGCACCCACGCCAACCAUCACACCUGCACCGACGAUUGCCGAGCGACAAGAUCCUAAUGCUAUUGAGCUCGCAAAGGUGCUCCUCACUGCGCUCCCCGCCUCAUUACGUCAGAUCGCGGCCACAAACAUACCUGCUGUGUCAAGUAUUUUGUGGCACGAAUUCCUGGACGACAACAAACCUGACUGGUUCAAGGCCUUGCCUUCGAACAUACAGAGCUAUCUGAUCGUUCAGUACGGACCUUCCACAGCAUGGCCGACAUCUACUUCUUCGUCGAGUGCGAGCAGCACCAUGUCUACGGCUGUUUCCACGACUCGAGCAUCUGCGGACACCGCUUCUGCUACCUCAGAACCUGACAGCCCGUCUGCGAGCAAUUCUGGCCUCAGCCAAGGCGCAAAGGUUGGCAUUGGCAUUGGCGUUCCGCUCGGAACCCUUGCACUCCUGGCUGUGUUGAUCCCAUGCUGCUUCGCAAUGCGCAAGAAAAAACAGAAUAAGUUAAUCGGUUACGAGCCACCUCCCUCUCCUGGAUUUAUGCCCCACGGUGCCUUCCAAGAGAAGUCUACAAGCUACCAGGAACACCGCAGACCGUUGAACCGAAGCCAGAGCUGGGAUCAGGAUGACGAGCUGUGGAUGCAACCUGUGGCAGACAAUGUGCCGCAUCCUCCAAAGCAUACCGCACCAAACCUACCUAUGGGUAACUCUAACACUGUCAUUGGCCCUCCGCUCGUCCAUACGCAUAGCUCGAACCGUGCGCGUGGAAAACGAACAAGUCACAGCAGUUUGCACGCUGUUGCUGAAGUCACAGAGCCCGACGAGGAGUACGCAGCACAUAGCCUCAACAAUCGUCUGCUCCGCCGUUCCAGCAUGCCGCUACGCCCUCAAGACGUCCUGCCAGUACCAGCCGGCGCCAGCAUCCGUCGCAAGCCUCUGUCCACAGUGAAACCUCACCCUCAAAUGGAAUCGCCGCUGGCAAGCCCCGUCGCCGAACGCGGGUUCUUCGGCCAUUUCUCCCUUCUGCGCCCCGCCAUGCUGCACCAAGACCACAGCGGAAGCUCCUCCAGCGGUCUAGCCGCCGCAUCUCUCUCCUCCCCAGAAGACUCCCGUCGUUCGUCUGCCAACACUGCCCCUACGGAACCCGAUGUCGUCUCGCCUGUCGCGUCUCCCCCACCGCGGCAUAAAACUGUCAACUCGUUCACGACUACCAGCAAUGACUACACGCUGAACAAACGCAUUUCCAACCCCUUCAGCAACGAUUAUGCGUACAUCGAGGACUAUGGUCCAGAGUACCAGAAAGGGUACGUCGACGUCGAAGAUGGGUUGUAUGGAGGCCACAGAAGUCUGGAUGCGUAUCCUGUCGUGCCUGAGAAGAGCGAGCGGAGGGGCAGCAGAGGGGCGAGCCAGUGGCCGCUAGCGGAUUGGCCACUCAAAUCGUUGGGUAGCAUGGGAAGAGGGAGGAGAGAAAGGAGUCCGCAGUGGGAUCGUGUUUAUGAGCGACGAUGAGUGACGACAAUUGUUUUGUUAUGAUACCAUUCUGUUCUUUGUUGAUACGUACACACGCGCGUUGCGCAGGCACAUACACAGUUGCCGUGAUUUCCGAGUACGU